AGUGGGAGCUUGGGAGAAGCGGAAAUUGCAGCAGCGGCGACAGCGGCGGCGAGCGCACCCCGAGCAGCAGAGCGGGCAGCGGCCGCGGCCGGCGGAGCAGCGCGAUGUGGAAGGCUACAGCAGGACACUCGAUUUCUGUCAGCCAGGAUGAUGGAGCUGAUGACUGGGAAACAGAUCCUGAUUUUGUGAAUGAUGUGAGCGAGAAGGAGCAACGCUGGGGUGCUAAAACAGUGAAAGGAUCUGGCCACCAGGAGCACAUCAAUAUUCACCAGCUGAGGGAAAAUGUGUUCCAAGAACACCAGAACCUCAAGGAGAAAGAGCUUGCAACAGGACCAAAAGCUUCCCAUGGCUAUGGAGGGAAAUUUGGUGUGGAACAAGACCGCAUGGACAAAUCAGCUGUUGGCCAUGAAUAUCAAACUAAGCUUUCUAAGCACUGCUCUCAAGUGGAUUCAGUAAAAGGCUUUGGAGGCAAGUUUGGUGUACAAACAGAUAGGGUUGACCAGUCGGCUGUAGGUUUUGAAUACCGGGGGAAAACUGAGAAACAUGCUUCUCAAAAAGAUUAUUCUAGUGGUUUUGGCGGUAAAUAUGGUGUACAGGCGGACAGAGUGGACAAGAGUGCAGUGGGCUUUGAUUACCAGGGUAAAACUGAGAAACAUGAAUCACAGAAAGAUUAUUCCAAAGGCUUUGGUGGUAAAUAUGGUGUUGACAAGGAAAAAGUGGACAAAAGUGCUGUUGGCUUUGAAUAUCAAGGCAAAACGGAAAAACAUGAAUCACAGAAAGAUUAUGUGAAGGGGUUUGGAGGCAAGUUUGGCGUCCAAACAGACAGGCAAGACAAAUGUGCACUUGGCUGGGAUCAUCAGGAGAAAGUGCAACUACACGAAUCUCAGAAAGACUAUAAGAGUGGUUUCGGAGGGAAAUUUGGUGUUCAAACAGAGAGGCAGGACCCAUCUGCUGUGGGGUUUGAAUACAAGGAGAAACUAGCCAAGCACGAAUCGCAACAAGAUUAUUCAAAAGGCUUUGGUGGAAAGUAUGGUGUACAGAAAGAUCGGAUGGACAAGAAUGCAGCAACUUUUGAAGAUAUUGAGAAGCCAUCAUCAACUUAUCAGAAGACAAAGCCAGUAGAAGCUGUGAAUAGUAAAGCAAGCAGCAUCCGAGCAAACUUUGAAAAUCUAGCUAAGGAACAGCAACAGGAAGAUAAAAAGAAGGCAGAAGCUGAGAGAGCUCAAAGAAUGGCCCAAGAGAAACAAGAACAGGAGGAGGCCAGAAGGAAACUAGAAGAACAAGCUAAAGCCAAAAAACAAACUCCACCUCCAUCUCCUGUUCCACAGCCAGCUGAAGAGAAGCAGCCCUCAAGCCCAGUCUAUGAGGAUGCAACUUCAUAUGAGGCAGAGCCUAGCUUCAAAAGUUCUAGCACAGCAUAUUCAGCUGUACAUGAGCCAGAAUCCAGUUACAAAGCUGAAGAAUCAGACUACCAAGAAGCUAUCAGUCAGCGGGAGCCAGAAUAUGAACCAGAGACAGUCUAUGAAGUAGCAGGAGCAGACCUCUAUCAAGCAGAAGAAAAUGCUUAUGAUGAAUAUGAAAAUGAACUUGGAAUUACAGCCAUAGCCCUCUAUGACUAUCAGGCUGCGGGCGAUGAUGAGAUUUCCUUUGAUCCAGAUGACAUCAUCACGAACAUUGAAAUGAUUGAUGACGGGUGGUGGAGGGGAGUGUGCAAAGGCAGAUAUGGGCUGUUUCCAGCUAAUUAUGUAGAGCUGAGGCAAUAGAUAACAUUGUCUACCAGUUAUGCCUUAAUGCCAUAGUCAGUAUACCUGAUUUAUUACACUACAAAUCAUGCUUUUUUGAUGAGGGAGGGGUAUAUACAUAUUGCUUUUAUAUUUAAUACUUUGCUGAUGCUUUUUAAAAUGUUUAUGCCACAGAAGUUGCUAAUAUAUUGUAACUCUUAUGUUUCUCACUCAAGCCUCUUGUUAUGAUUUUCAUGCAUUUGAAAUGUUUCUUCUUCUUUGCCAAAUGGAGCAGUUGUCAUAAAAUGCCAUUUCAAGGACUAUUAGCUGUCUGUCAUAAUAAUGCAUGUUUUACUCAAGUGAACAGAUUUACCUAGUGAUUUAAGUCUAGUUAGUCUUCCAUUAAAUGUUGUUGUCAGAUUAAAAAAAAAUAUCAUGGCUAUGCAGAUUAUUGCAUUUUGCCUUAUGUAGGGGGACACCUGUAUUUCCAUAUAGUGUUUGGAAAAAGGAAGGAGAGAUUGUGGAUGUUGCAGGUAAUGAUAAUUAUCUAACUUGGAAUAUUCGCCAAUGGGUAGAAAAUUUAUUGUAUUGAUCUUAUGAUGGAAACAGUCCAGUGAAUUCUUUCACUUUCAAAGUGAUAUCUCUUGGAUUUUAUGUGGAUUUUUCUGGUCUCGCUCUCCAUCGGUUUUUUUCCCACUCCACAGAGGCGGCCCCAGACAUUCUAGCAUUGGGCUCUUGCUAAUCUCUUCAUUAUUUGUCCUCCUUCCUCUUUCCAGAAAUCCCUUUUUCCUUUCCCUUCUCCUACCCUUUUUUAAUUGCUUCAGAAGUGUUGAGUCAUCCAGAGUGAUGCCCAACUUUUUUAAGGAACCCUAAACUGGCAUCCAUAUCUACCACCAUCUACAGUAGCAGUUUUGCUGCCUUACAAUAAAGGCAGUGCCAUGCUGCUAUACUGCAUUGUAUACACAAAUAUUCUUUUGUCCAUACAGUGAAGCAGGCAGGCCUGCUGUGCAGUAAUCAUGCUAUAUAACCAUACAUCAGUCAAGGAAUUUUAACACAAAUUAUUUAAAACCCUUCUAGAUAAUUGCCACUUGAGACAACUGUGCUCUUUGUAUGUUCAGCAGAAACUGCCAGUAAGAUUUCUACUAAAUAUUAGAAUUGAUCCAGGGUUUUUUUGGUGUUUUUUUUUUUUGCCAAAAUAUAAAAUAAUGUCCUUGUCACUUUAAAAAUGGUUGAUUUCACCUCAAAUGUAGGGUCCCUACCAAAGAUACCAAGUUGCAUCUAAUAAUUCAUGUGUUAAAUGUGUGUACUGUCUGUUUCUACCUUCUGGUCAACAUGAGAAUGACAGGGCAGAACUGGCAAAGCAAGAAGGUAAAGAUGUUAUACAAACUGAACAUUUGGACCAAUGGAAUAUAGAACUUCUUGUAUGAAAUGGCAAAACGUAUAGUUUAGGAAGAAAGCAUUACAUUGAAAUCAAGCAUAGGAUGGUUGGGACAAUCCUUAAUGAAUGUCAUAUGUAUGUCAUAAUAAUAUAUUUUUUUUUCUUCCCGUGGUUUCAUUUGUGUUGUAUUUGCAUUAAUAGAAUUGGGUUGGGUUUUAUAUGCAGUUUAUUUUAUCCAAUUUUGCAUAGAACCACCUCAUAGGGGAUAUGAUUUUUUGUAAAUUAAAUAUUCAAAUAAACUUUUUGAACCAUU